CUGGACCUGAGGCCACAAGACCGCCCAUUUUGUGAAAAUCUCCUAGGACUGCAUGAUUUGCUAGAAACUCACAGUGAGCUGUGGAGCGGAGAGAAACUCCAGUGCACCCUGGCGAGAGAGAGAGACCAGAUUCUGCUCCCAGAGGUGAAGAACCGUGGCAUGAAAAAGUUGUCACCCAGCUCCAGGAUUUGGGACGGGUGUAGGACCACAUGCUCGGAAAAAGGUGGACUGAUAGGCUGUCUUAUUUUCUUUGUUUUUUGCUCUUCGGGGUGGCCGUUUCAUUUUUGAUCACUACGAAUGCCAUCAUCGACCAGGCCUGCCACGAUUCUUUACUUUAACUAUUUACCUGUUUAAAUGUUUGGUGUGAACUAAGGGAGUGGGGGUUAUUGUACAUAUUGUUUAUUCUGAAUAUGUUUGUUGUAUGUGUUUUGUCUUGUGUCUCUUAGCAUUGAUAUAGAAAUCAUUCCUGUGCAGUCCUAUUUAACUCAACUGCCCAUGACAGAGCUGUGGUCACUAAAUGAGAGUAGUUAUGUCUGUUGGCUUUACCUUGCAACUCAUAUUCCUUAUAUCCCCUAAUUGCAUUUUUGGACCUUGUCUAUAAAAUAUUCAGUAUUUUAUAAUUUAAUUCCAUUUUAUUUUAUUCUGUUAUGGUAUUGCAUUGUCUUGUAAUUUUAUGGUUUAAUUUAAAUGUACCUGGUUGCUAUGAUAACUUUAUUUCCCUCCAGGGAUUAAUAAAGCUACAUAUCCAUCCAUCCAUCCAUCCAACUAUCUACUCUUCAAACUCUUUUAAAAAAUGUUUAAGAAUGUUUUUUCAUCUAUACUAUACAGUACACACAAACAAUCGUUUCACCCCUUGUACAUCAGAACUGGGAUUAGUGCCAUAUCUAUGUUUAUAAUGACAGGAAUUUUGGGAUUUUUGGAAGCUUUUUGCCAGACCCUAGCAAGUUAUACAGACUACAACAGUGUUUCCCAACUGAGUCCUUAGGGACCUGCAGACAGUGGGCGAAGCUACAGGAGGCACAGGAACCACGGGGGGCGCUACAGGAGCUUGCGCCUUGCCCCUUUAAGUUGCCCCUUAUCGGAAGCGGAAAUGCUGUGAUGUCAGACGCCGGAGAAUUGGCGGAAAAUCUGAAUGAACAGCAAGGACAGCAAGGGGAAUUUAGAAUCUCUUCAGGAAUACAUCGACUGGUAAUUUGACAUUACAGUCAUGAAGAAGAAUUUAAAUAUAUCUUCUCCAGCCAAAAGCGAGACGCCGUCCUUCAAAAGAAGUCGCCCGGCAGACUCCCCUGGAACAGCAUCGCCGACUGGUAAAGACUUUGCCGACAUCCUGGAUUCAAUCGACAAGCGAUUGUCCAGCUUCGACGCAAGGUUGUCUCUGGUCGAGAUUCUACAUCAGGAAUUCAAAUCCCUGAGGGAAUCUUUGGAAUUAAUCUGACUCAGUUAAGUCUCUAAAUGAAAAUGUGACCCAUCUAAAUGAGGAAAAUAAAAAAAUAAAAGAGACUGUCAUCGAUCUCCAGACCCGUGGCAUGAGAGAUAACCUAGCUGGUGUUUUCAGGCAUCCCGGAAUCUGCCGAAGAGGACGCAAAAGUUAUUGUUAACUUUUAGCAAGACCCACCUGAAGCUUUCGGAGGACACUGUGAAAAACAUCUGCUUUGAAAGAGUCCAUCAGCUGGGAGCCAAGAGGCCUGCUGCACUGAGGCCGCGUCCUAUUGUGGCCAAAUUUGGACAUUUUAAGCAGAAGGAGCAGGUGAAGAGCUGCGGCAGGGAGCUGAAAGGAAUGGACUUUGGCGUAAACGACCAGUUCCCCAAAGAGAUUCUGGAGCGACACAAAGUUCUGUUCCCAAUCCGACGCAACAUUAUUCAGAAGGGCUCCCGAGCUGUCAUCGCCGUAGACCAGCUGUAUUGUUACCCCCUUGGCUAUUCUCUAUGGAGAUCACGUGCUAUGGAUGGUCGUUUGCGACAACACUGGAAGGGGCGCGAGAUUGCGCGAGAGCUGCGCAGCGGAACGCAUCCUAAUUUCGAGCCAAUACCCUGUAAUUAGGUGGUCAGCAGGGUGUUAUGGAGAUGUCCAGCCACAGCCUGUUCCUGUUGCAGCAACUGAAUGUCCAGAGGGAGUUUGGCUUCCUCUGCGACUGCACUGUGGCUAUCGGGAAUGUCUACUUCAAAGCCCAUCGGGCUGUGCUGGCGGCAUUCUCCAACUACUUCAAAAUGAUCUUCAUCCACCAGUCCAGUGAGUGCAUUAAGAUCCAGCCCACUGACAUCCAGCCUGACGUGUUCAGCUACCUGCUGCACAUCAUGUACACAGGCAUGGGCCCCAAGCAGCAGGUGGAUCAGAGCAGGCUGCAAGAGGGCAUCAGGUUCCUGCACGCUUACCAGCUGUAUCGAGGUGGAGCUGAGGGCCAGGACCCUGUCUCUGACACCAGCAGGAUGUCCAACCUCUAUGGGAUUCAGAUCUCCUCCCAGUCAGGCCCCAAGGGGAGCCUUAGCACCAAGGAAGGUCAGCCCAGUGUGCGGUUGCGGCCCUCCCCGACCCUGGGUCCCAAGGAAACAUUGCGAAACAGACCUCGCACCAGCCUCCACGGCACCUGCUCUGUGGCCUCUGGGGAAGACGGCAACUUUCAGCCUAGAGUAAAACAGGAGGUACUGGAGUCUGAGGUUACCGCAGAGCCUCAGGCCUCCUUCCCUGGUCAAGGCUCCUUCCGGGAGCGACGCAGGCCACUGCACUGCCACCAGUGUGGGGAGAACUGCAGCUCUCACCAGGGCCUGCGGGAGCACCUUUUUACCCAUGCCUCUGGCUCCCUGGUCCUGGCUUCGCCUGUGGCCCACCUAGAGAACACAGACCAGGGACUUAGUCAUGAUGCCAGUGGUGCUGAGUCAGAGGGGCCCGAAGAGCGCCCCCUACAAUCUGGCACAGCAGUGGGGACACCUAGCGAUGCAGAGCAGCUGGAGGACGCAGCAGUCGACCCAAGGGGCUCCCAACGCAGAAAGGCUGCCUGCGCCACCUGUCUGGCCCAAGGAAGUCAGCUUCAGGAGCAGAGGUCGGUGCUCUGCCGCCGCCAAGGACGCUGCCGGCAAGCAGCCCAUGUGCUGCAGCCCUGCUGUGAAGGCCAGGCACAGCUGGGGCUGCAGGAGGUGACGGCCAUCCCUCAGGACAAUGGCGGCUCCUGUUACUCAUUAGACUCUGAGAUCUCUCAGGAGAGCAUCGACACCGUGCUCACCGAGUAACGUGCACAUACCAUCCGCUCUUAGACUUUCCUUUAUUCACAGUCGCUUCAGUCACACUAAUUUUCCUCUCCAAGCCAUACUCACCGUGUUAUUUUGUUAGCCAUCCUUUAUCAUUGAUUGCUGAUCUCAUGAAAACAUAUUGUAAUAAAUUCCUUUUAAUCUUUCGCAGGUAAAUUGCUGAAAUACAGUUAGGAAAUAAGAUUAUUUAUUUGUUUUGUACCUCAAGUAAUAGCACAAAAGAGUCUCCUGUGGUUUUAAUGGUUUUUCUUUUUAUGCAUGUAAUUGACACCAGUGGGAGUGCAUUCUUUAUUUCCAAAACUCUUUAUUUAGUGAUUAUAAAAAUGACAAGCCAUAUAAUCAUUAACGGCAAGAUGCCACCCUUUGCUGUCCGUGCCAGGGUGCUUGUGGGUGACAACUGUUAUAAAUGCUGAUUCUGAAGUGCACACUUAAAUGGCAGCUACUGUAUGAAGUGACAGUAAAAUGUGUAUUCGUUGAUGACAACUGAUGUACUGUAUAAGAAGUGGUCUUAAGGUUUUCUUUAGGCAUUUCUUUAAGCAUUCUUUUUCUUACUAAUUUGAGCUUUGCUGUGCUUUGCUUGGUGUUAUUGUUUUAAGUGUUACAACAUAAUGUUGAAUAUAGUGUUUAUUUGUCUUGAGGACUAGUUUAACCAUUGAAAUAACUAAUAUCUAAAUAAUUGUUUUUGUUUGUUUGUUUUCUACAUCAACCUGACUUGUGUCCUGUUGCAUAUUCACAGAAACUAAAUGAAAAUAAUCUAUUCUGGAUAUCUUGCCUUAGUUUGAACUGUCCCUUGUAAAAUGUUAGUGUCCACAGUGUAGUAGACCAAGCUGGCUUUAGCGGUAAAUGUCUGGGAGUGAUGACAGAGGAGGGUGUCUGAUUUCUCUGUACUGCUUUGUGCCGAUGGCCAUAGAUGACAUUAAACUUAGUGAAGAAACUUGAUUAAAAAAAACAAUACCAAAUUGACCCGCAUAGUUUUUUGUUACUGCAUUAUAAUGCCUUAAUAGAUUUUCUCUGUCACCUGCUCAUUUUGUUGCAUACAUGCAGGAGACAUGCAACCUAACAUGGGAAUAGAUGAUGGAAGUCCAUUCCAGUCCAGAGAUAU